UUGCAAAAUGUGUUUACUUUUCCUUUCAUCCUCUAUUUAUCCUUUGAUUGUAAAUCUUUUUUGAUAAUUUGGAUUUUUAAUAGUUAGCAUCAUUCGGUGGGUUGUAAUCUCAGAUUUCGAUUCUCUCUCCUUCUGGUGUCCCUCGCUUAACAGACAACAUGAAGAAAAAGAUGUAUUUUGUGAUUCAAGACUUACAUUGAUAAACUCAGAAGUAAUGCAUGCUUGUUGAAAAUAAUGAUCAAAUAUAUUGUUUCAGUUCUAUUAAUGGGGAAGAGUGGUUCUGGCAAGACGAGCAUGAGGUCAAUUAUAUUUGCCAAUUAUAUUGCAAGAGACACUAGGAGGCUUGGAGCGACAAUUGAUGUAGAACAUUCUCAUGUCAGGUUCUUAGGGAACUUAGUCUUGAAUCUUUGGGACUGUGGCGGGCAAGAAGCCUUCAUGGAAAAUUAUUUUGUGAGCCAGAGGGACAAUAUUUUCCGAAAUGUUGAAGUUCUUAUUUACGUUUUCGAUGUUGAGAGUCGGGAAAUCGACAAAGACUUGCACUAUUACCAAAGUUGUGUCGGAGCCAUCCUGGAAAACUCGCCCGAAGCUAAAGUUUUCUGCCUCAUUCAUAAAAUGGAUUUGCUACAAGAAGACCAAAGAGAUGUGAUAUUUCGCGACAGGGAGACAGAGUUGAAGAGUCGUUCACAGCCAAUCAAUUGCACAUGUUUUAGGACAUCUAUUUGGGAUGAAACACUUUAUAAAGCAUGGUCUUCGAUUGUUUACAUGUUGAUCCCAAAUGUCAAAGAGCUGGAAACUUCUCUGACCCAAUUUGCAAACAUAAUAGAUGCCGAUGAAGUCCUUCUAUUUGAAAGGGCGACAUUCCUUGUAAUAUCCCACUACGAGCACAGACCUCAUAGGGAUAUACAUAGAUUCGAAAAAGUCUCUAAUAUAAUAAAACAGUUCAAGUUAAGCUGCAGUAAAGUCGCAGCACAAUUUCAAAGUAUGGAGGUGAGAAAUUCAAAAUUUGCUGCAUUUAUUGACGUCUUCACAUCAAACACAUACGUUAUGGUCAUUACUUCUGAUCCAAGAAUUCCUUCAGCAGCUACUUUGAUAAAUAUUAGGAAUGCGAGGAAGCAUUUUGAGAAAUUAGAGAAAGAGAGUCAAAAUCUAGUCAAAUGACAGAAAAACCAUUAAAAGUUUCAAGAAUGGAACAUUUGUAAUUUAUAAAUAUAACAAUCAUUUGUACAGUGAAGAUUUAUAGUUACUCAUUUAUUGAAAUUUUAUAUUUUUCAUAAUAUUGUUUAUAAUGUUUUUAUUAAAUGUGAAUCUUUGUGAAAUUAUAUUGAUACAACAAAUUAUAAUUUUCUUUUGAAGCGUU